CCGUGAUUUGUCAGCCAGCGCACACUCCAUCCACGGCGUCGUCUGCUUUUCGGAAAACCUGGCGCCAACUUGAAACAAACAAGCCAAAAAUGUGGCGCCCUCUUUCUCUCGUACGCGACGUGAGCGGUCACGUGGGCGGCGCCAAACACCGCCCAUCGAGUGGCGUCGUGAAAACCCGGUGCGUUGCACCGGGUUGUAUCUUUUGGCGCGUCAUAGACUACUGGAGGCAGGCACAUGGAAGGAGCAUGGCCGACGAACUAGUCUUUUUAACGGGCAACUCUCCCAUGUUAGUGCUUUCGGCGGUGCUCGGCCUCUUGGUCGUGCUCAUCAUUUUUGUGGCCGGUCAGAAGCGGGACGGAGAUGACAAGGAGACCAACGAAACCGAAGCGGAUAAGCAGACGGCACGGAAGGAGAACCGUGCGGUGCCAAAACGGAAAAAGGUUCAAGAGAAGAAACGUGACAUCAAGACUCAGUACCUGCACCCUUGGCUGAUGACUACCCUCAAGGGCCACAGCGGCAACAUCCUAGACCUGGACUUCAAUGUCAACGGCAAGUUCCUGGCCACUUCGGCUGAUGGCCGGUCUGGCCGCUGCCAGGUGCCGCGGCUUAACUGGCAGAACGUGGCGGGGACCCCCCUGGGCGCCCCGAGCCCCCUGGAAGGGGCCUGGCGCCUGCCCCUGUGCCCCGACGACCUGUACCACCAGCUGCUGUGCUACACGCUGACCCCGCAAGAACUGCACCGCUGCGGCUACCCACGGCCCUGCCCCGGCGAGCCUGGCCGCGCCGUCUGGUUCCAAGUGGACGCUCCCGGCGCCGACGCCAGCCAUCGCACAUGCUGCCGCUGCGGCGCCGCCUUCGUGAUCACGGCCGGCGGGGAGUACUACGCCAGCGACGCCUGCGUCUUCCACUCGGGGCGGCGGACGGGUGCCGAGUUCGGCUGCUGCGGGGCGUCGGCCGAGGAGCCCGGCUGCGAGCGCUCGGACUACCACGUGUGCGCCCAGGGGGCUCGGGGGGAGGAGGGGCCUGCGCGGGGCUUUGUGCGCACGCGGCCCCGCUCGCACGGCGGGGGCGGUGUGUACGCGCUGGACUGCGAAAUGUGCUUCACGAUCCGCGGCCUGGAGGUGGCCAAGGUGACGGUGGUGGGGGCCGACGGGGCCACGGUGUACGACGCCUACGUGCGACCGGGCAGCCCCGUGUUGGACUACAACACGGCCUUCAGCGGCGUGACGGCCGAGCACCUACGCAACGUGCGCACGACCCUGCAGGACGUCCAGGCAGUGCUGCUGCGGCUCUUCACGGCCUCGACGGUGCUGGUGGGCCACGGCCUGGAGAACGAUCUACGGGGCCUGAAGCUGGUUCACGACACGGUGGUGGACACGGCGGUGCUCUUCCCCCACCACCGAGGGCUGCCCUUCCGGCGGUCGCUGCGCUCGCUCGUUGGCGCCUACCUGAACCGGGACGUGCAGGAGGGCACCCACGACAGCCUGGAGGACGCCCGGGCCUGCAUGGAGCUCGUGCUGUGGAAGGCGGCCCGGGACCAGAAGAUGCGGGAGCGGCGGAGCCGGGGCAGCGGGGGCCGCCUCCAGCCCUCCCUCUAGCUCCCCGCCACCUUCUGCCCGACACCACUGCCACCGUCCGGCCUCGCUUGGCGCAGCUCGUGCGGGUCCUCUAAACACGGUUGUGACGUUUUGGUCUUUCAGGGGGGGAAGGGUGCGCAUUGACCAUCUUGUACAUUAUUUAUUGUCACAUGCCCAUUGUCAUGCAAUGUAUGCAACCGGGCUUCUUGUGCGGGAAGUGUAUUUUAAUUUAUUUAUCGCUCCCUUUUGUACUUUUUUACUGCCAAUAAAGAGUUUCUUCGAGAGGAGACUCGCCGAACAGA